AUGGCUAUUGGGCGUCGUUUCUAUCCGAAUGAAGAAGAGUUGAUUUCUUAUUAUCUGAAGAAGAGGAUUUUGGGAAUUCCUUUAACAGAGAAGGAACAGAGCUUUUUUGUUGAAACAAAUCUGUUUGGGGAUAAUAAUAAUGCCACGCCCUGGGAAUUGUUGUCAGAUGAUCUUCCAUGGCAGAUUGAGCUGGGUUCAAUGAAUAGAGUUGUGGAGUCUCAAAAGAUACUGUAUGUUUUCAAUUUCGGUGGGAAGAAAAUUCCAAGAACAAUAAGCAUGAAAAUAGAGUGGCCGGUUGUGUGGAUAAUGACAGAAUAUUCCAUUGAUGCUGCUGCCAAUGGCAUUCCACCGCGUCAAGGAAUGAAUUUCUCUGAUUACGUAUUGUGUAAAAUAAAAAGGGACAAUUCCAAAUCUUCCAAGGACGGAAGAAUUGUCUGUCGGAAGAGGAAAUGUGAAAAUAUGGUGUCUGAAGGGCAGAGUUUUGGGAAGAAGAUGAAGUCAGAAAGUAGCUGUGAAGAUUUGAGUGUAGUGACCUGUAUAAAUGGUGUGGAUCAUUCUGAUGUGUCUGCCAAAUGGUUUCCAGGAAUUGGGGAAAGCAACUGUUGUGAGUGUGUGGUGUGUAGGUUAAAGAUUUCGGAGAUGGAAACCAAAUCGAUGAGCUUCACGACUUGUGAAGAUUCUGGUUCUGUAGUAGAUAACAAUGAGGAGAUGACAACUUCUCAAGAAGUAAAUUCUACUGUUCUUUUUGAUGUUGAUAAUGUUCCCAGUGAUGAAGAUUUAUACUUUGAUUCAACCUUCCCUUUCGAUCCUUUCGACAUUGAACCUUUCCUGGACUUAUACUUUGAUAACUCCGGACGAUAG